UUCAAAACGCACAGAACAGUGACGGUGAGAGAGAGAGAGUCUUUUAGAGAGAGAAAGGGGAACUUUCUUCCUCUUCUCCUUCGUUCUUGUAACCCUCGUCUUCUCAAACAUUCAACUUCACAGCUUCUUUGUUCCUUCAACUUCAAAAAUCUUUCACACAGACACCUCUACCUUCUCCUAGAUCUCUCUUCAACUGUUCUCUAAUCGAUCUCUUUGUCUUCCUCCACUUUCAAUUUCUACUCUCAUCUCUUUGCUCCCGAUUACUUCACUUCGCUUUUUCCGAGUUUUAGAUCGUUGAUCUUCGCUAGCUUUCUAUAGAUUCAAUGGACGCGAUCGAGGAGUUGGGUGAGUUGUCCGAAUCGAUGCGCCAAGCGGCUGCUUUGCUUGCCGAUGAAGAUGUUGACGACAAUUCUACCUCUGGCGGUUCUUCUCGUAGGGCUACGACUUUUCUCAACGUUGUUGCGUUGGGCAAUGUUGGUGCCGGCAAAUCUGCAGCCUUGAAUAGUUUAAUUGGGCAUCCUGUUCUGCCAACUGGUGAAAAUGGCGCUACACGAGCUCCAAUUAGCAUUGAUUUGCAGAGGGAUGGUUCUUUGAGUAGUAAAUCAAUUAUUCUGCAGAUUGAUAAUAAAUCUCAGCAGGUUUCUGCAAGUGCUUUGCGACAUUCUUUACAGGACAGGUUGAGCAAGGGUUCUUCAGGAAAGGGCCGAGAUGAAAUAUAUCUAAAGCUUCGCACAAGUACAGCGCCUCCACUGAAGUUGAUUGAUUUACCUGGGCUUGAUCAACGGGCAAUGGAUGAUUCUGUGGUUAGUGAAUAUGCUGAACACAAUGAUGCAAUUUUGCUAGUUAUUGUACCAGCUAUUCAGGCUCCUGAAAUUGCUUCAUCUCGAGCCCUACGAACUGCGAAGGAAUUUGAUGCAGAUGGUACCAGAACCAUUGGUGUAAUUAGCAAAAUUGACCAAGCUUCUUCAGACCAGAAGUCUCUUGCUGCAGUGCAAGCUCUCCUGUUAAAUCAAGGGCCAGCACGAGCCUCAGAUAUCCCAUGGGUUGCUAUAAUUGGUCAAUCGGUUUCGAUAGUUACUGCACAGUCUGGAUCUGUUGGCUCCGAGAAUUCCAUGGAGACUGCAUGGAGAGCAGAGAGUGAAAGUUUAAAAACUAUACUACCUGGUGCCCCUCAAAGUAAGCUAGGUAGGCUAGCUUUAGUUGAUGCAUUAUCCCAACAGAUCCGCAAACGAAUGAAAGUCCGGCUUCCUAAUCUUCUCUCCGGGUUACAAGGGAAGUCGCAAAUAGUUCAGGAUGAGUUAGUUAGGCUUGGUGAGCAAAUGGUCAAUGGUGUCGAGGGGACUAGAGCUCUAGCUUUGGAACUUUGCCGUGAGUUUGAAGAUAAGUUUCUCCAGCACAUAGGCUCUGGUGAGGGUGCAGGUUGGAAAAUUGUUGCUAGCUUUGAGGGUAGUUUUCCAAAUCGAAUUAAGCAAUUGCCUUUAGACAGACACUUCGAUAUUAAUAAUGUGAAGAGGAUUGUAUUAGAAGCUGAUGGUUAUCAGCCUUAUCUUAUAUCACCUGAGAAGGGUUUGAGAUCUUUAAUAAAAGGUGUUUUGGAGCUUGCAAAAGAACCAUCACGUCUCUGUGUUGAUGAGGUGCACAGAGUUUUGAUAGAUAUUGUUUCUGCUGCUGCUAAUGGCACCCCAGGUCUUGGAAGAUACCCACCAUUCAAAAGAGAGGUUGUGGCCAUUGCAACUGCUGCCCUGGAUGGGUUUAAAAAUGAAUCAAAAAAGAUGGUUGUGGCGUUAGUUGAUAUGGAGCGAGCAUUUGUCCCACCACAACACUUUAUACGUCUUGUACAAAGAAGGAUGGAAAGACAACGCCGGGAAGAGGAAGUGAAGACUAAAUCAUCAAAAAAAGGGCAAGAGGCUGAACAAGCGGUGUCGAACAGGGCAAGUAGUCCUCAAACAAGUAGUCAGCAAGCUGGGGGAAGCUUGAAAUCAAUGAAAGAAAAACCUAGUAAAGAAGAUAAGGAAGUACAGGAGGGUUCGGGUUUGAAGACAGCAGGUGCUGAUGGAGAGAUAACAGCUGGUUUCUUGUUAAAGAAAAGUGCAAAAACUAAUGGAUGGAGCAGGCGAUGGUUUGUUUUGAAUGCGAAGACUGGAAAGCUUGGAUACACCAAGAAGCAAGAAGAGAGACACUUUCGUGGUGUCAUUACUUUAGAGGAUUGUAAUAUUGAAGAAGCUACAGAUGAGGAAGAGUCUCCACCUCCAAAGAGUUCAAAGGAUAAAAAGGCUAAUGGGCCCGAUUCUGGAAAAGGAUCAAGUCUUGUGUUUAAGAUUACCAGCAAGGUUCCAUAUAAAACCGUUUUAAAAGUUCAUAGUGCUGUUGUCUUGAAGGCGGAGAGUGCUGCGGACAAGGUGGAAUGGAUAAACAAGAUACGCAAUGUCAUUCAACCGUCCAAAGGAGGACAGAUGAGAGGCGUAUCCUCCGAAGGUGGUCUUACUAUGCGGCAGAGUCUAUCUGAUGGUUCUCUAGAUACUAUGGCUCGAAAACCUGCUGAUCCUGAAGAAGAGCUGCGGUGGAUGUCUCAAGAGGUUCGUGGUUAUGUUGAAGCAGUGUUGAAUAGUUUGGCUGCAAAUGUUCCCAAGGCUGUUGUACUUUGUCAAGUUGAGAAGGCGAAGGAAGACAUGCUAAAUCAAUUAUAUAGCUCGAUAAGUGCCCAAAGCUCUGCAAAGAUUGAGGAGCUUCUUCAGGAGGAUCAUAAUGUAAAACGGAGGCGAGAACGUUAUCAAAAACAAUCCUCUCUCCUUUCCAAACUGACACGCCAGCUCAGCAUUCAUGAUAAUCAAGCAUCUGCUGCUAGUUGGUCCGAUGGUAGUCCAGAAAGCAGUCCCAAAACUAGCGGACCACCUGGAGGAGAUGACUGGAGAUCUGCGUUUGAUGCUGCUUCUAAUGGCCGGGCCGACUACAGAAGAUCUUCUUCCAAUGGUUACAGUAGAUCUAGCGAUCCCGCACAGAAUGGUGACAUAAACUCGGGUUCGAACUCUAGCAGCCGUCGCACUCCAAACCGGCUGCCACCAACACCUCCGCAGUCUUCUGGUUCCAGAUACUUCUAGCAUGGCGAUAUCACUUGAUGAUUUAGUCUCUGCAACAUUGGGUUGAUAUUAAGGUCCACUUCGUGGUUCAUUUAGGUGAUCUCUUCAAGGUCAUAUUUCUACUACAAACUUAUAAGUGGAGAAAGAGGUUUGUGUAUAUACAACAUUUCUCAGUUCCAGGUUAUACUGCUUUCUUCAUCAAUAUAACACUAGAUUCGAGGUAUUCUUGAUAUCCCUUUUGUUUUUUCCUCCCCUUUUUAAGGUUUUGUUCUACCAUUGGCCCAUUCUUUUUUGGACAAGAAAAAUGUAUUUGCAUGUAUUAGUUCUGAUCUUGUAUGUGCUAUUAUAUCAUACCAUCAUCCAUCUCUGAUGGGUUAUGUAUAAUAUUCAGUUAUUUCUAGCGGAGAGUUUUGGAUUGUCAUUUGA